AUGUUGCAAAUCUAUGUAACAUGUGGCACUUGGAAAUUGAGUGCAAUCAAGGGUUGGGAUUUUGUUGCUGAUGAGGCAAAAGGGGCAAGAGUAGUUGCUUUGGAAUCAACAACUACUUUUGAAGAGCUAAAGACGACGGUAUUGGACGACUACUCAAUGGAAAGCGGCUUAUUCGUUGAGUUCAGUUAUUUGCCAAGCGAUUUGAUCAACAAAACAGGAUCUCCCCGAGUAGUAAUCGACAAUGAUCGUCAACUGAAAAACUUUGUUGGAUACAUAAGGAAACAAUCGUCAAAACAUUUGUUUGUGACCUUUUCGGAUCCAGUUCAAAAUCAAAACAGUGGAAUCAACAUGGAUUUUGAUGACAACCCAUCUGCGGAUUCAUUUGAUGGCGAAGACGAUGAUGAAUCCAAAGUAAAAGAUAGCUAUCUCUCUGAGCUUGAUGAUGAUGAAGACGAUGUACGGUGUAAAAAAAGAGAGGAGAAUGAGUACAAAAUUCAUUUCUCUUUGGCUAAAGCUGUUAAGAAGAAGCAAGAAUUCAGAUGCAAAAACCAAAUGAAGGCACAUUUUGAAAUCCUUGCAAUGAAGCACAACUUCGACUACAGGGUGCUCAAAUCUGAUACAAAUUUUUGGACCAUACGCUGCCCAGAAAAGGAAUGCAAUUGGGGUGCUCGUGCAGUGAAUCUGAAGGGGUAG